AUGGCGAUGCGCGGCCGAUCGAAGGGAGUAGCACUGUCGUCGUUCCGGUGCUGGCUACGAGCUAAUGAGCCGGUGGGAGCUGAUUGGAGCGCCCAUCCUCCAAAAUGUGGCUACAGCACAGGCGCUCUGCCAGAAAGAAUUCAAGCGUUUCCUGAAAGCCAACUCGAGGUGGUGAAAGACGUCGAUGGUGCAAGCUUCCUGAGGCUUCCGCAGUUUCUAUGUGAUGAGUGGGGCUACGUUACCGCAGACUGCGAGCCUUUGCUGCUCAAGCGAGAUUGCUACGACGUACUCUGCAGCAAAAUCGAUGGAUUUUUCAAGACCCCGAGGGCCAAGUCUGUCGUUGUCCUUGGCAACCCUGGGAUUGGUAAAUCAGCCUACUGCGUCUACCUUCUAUGGCACCUGGUCCAAGACGGGGAGCGAAAUGCUGUAGUCAGCCUGAACCGCGACCCAGACGCUGUCCGUCAGCUGGUGAAGCAGCACAGGGGGAGAGUGUGGUAUUUGGCGGACAAGCGUGUCCCAAUGGUUCACUGGACGUUACCUGGUCACUGCCAUUUCGUUCUGACCUGCUCUCCUGCCAAGGAGAACCAUUUCCAGUUCAGCAAAUAUCCUGUCACGGCGACGUACUACCUUCCCGUGUGGUCCAAGGAGGAGAUCAUGCAGCUGAACAAGGCUGUUUUCAAGCUGCCUGACCAAGACGUGCAUGAAGCCUUCAAACUGUGGGGAGGGAUUCCGAGACACGUCCUUGCAAAUCGAUCGAGAUUCAGCGACAUCCAUUUGUUUUCGGCCAUCAAGUCGGAAGCAAGACAAAUGGUCGUAGAUGUUCCUGGCAACAAUUAUUCGAUAGAGAAGGAAGAAGAUUACCUCCAGGUCUACCAUUACGACGUGGACGUAACCAGCUGCGAGCUACAUGAUGAAUUUUGGCCGCUCAAGUUUGCAUCUGACUUUGUGGCGGCAGGGGUGGCCAGACUGUUGAGGCCAUCACUAAUUGAUAAUAUAGCUGGAGGACAUGCUUCAGAAAAAUUGCGAGCCUCUCUGUUUGAUGCCUUCUUCCAUUGUCUGCUGGAGCGGAAUAUUUCUGUGAGCAGCAAGGAAAUGGAUGAGCAAGGGAAAUGGGGUCCUCUUCUCAACGAAGAUCUUCCGUUGGCGCGGUUCGAGUUUGCACCGAAGUCGGUUGGAAACAAUGCGGUCCUGCCACCGUUUAUAUUGGACUGCACUGUCGUCAGGCCCGAGUCCAGGAGCAACAGGAGCUGGGAUCUUAUAUUAGGCCGAAGGGUUCUUCAAGCAACGGUGACAAGCCGUCGAGACGGCAAGAAGCUCGAGGUCACCGAAGGGCUUGUUGACGCCUUGAGUUUCCUGAGACGAUGCUACGGUGAUGGUACGAAGCUGGAGCUCAUAUACUUCGUUCCUAGCAAAAUGUUCGAGUCGUUUACUCCCACGCUGCCUGGAGGCGUUAAUGCCGUUUCGAGAGCCGAGGCUGUUAAAAGGUUCACGACCAAGCUGAACGUCAAAGUGAAGAAGAUGUGCCUGCAUGUGGACCAGUCUCUUGCAGAUGUUGCGACUUUGAAAGCUUUCAACUUACUCAACCUAGCAUCGCCCACUUGCCGUCUUGCACAGUUCACAGAGUCUAAGACGUUCGAUGCAAUGGGCCUUCGUGCCAGCUUGUUGCAAGGCAUUUCGGACUGCGGCUACAAGGUUCCGACUCCCCUCCAGCAAAGUGCCAUUGCUGCUUUCUGCGCGGGCUUAAACGUCCUUAAGCAAGGCCCACGAGGAAGCGGUUGUACCACAGCACUUUGUGUCUCUGUACUUCAGAGAGUUGAUUUGAGUCGGGGACCAUUUCAGGCGGUGGUAGUCGCAACCAGUCGCAACGAUGCGCUGCAGAUCAUGCGUCAGAUGUUGGGAUUGCGGUCGAACGACGUGAAUCUCAAGGUUCGUUGUUUCUCAAGUGAUGGAGCUGAAGAGUGGCAUGUUCUUGUUGGGACUCCGCCUGACGUUUAUGAGGCGUGCAAUCGUCUUCCUAAGGAUUCUCUUGUCUCUCUCUCCGUACUGGGCAUGGACGAUGCUGACGAGAUCUCAAAAACUUUUGGCCUGGAGGAAGUGCGUCUCUUGGUCAGUUUGAUGCCUGAGCAACGGCAGUUUGGCAUCUUCGGGAGCACCAUGCCUGCGGCUGUUCUGGAUUUUGUUUCCCAGGAAACCAAGUGUUUCGUUUGCUGAAAUGGUAUUCUGGUAGCAUGGAAAUGUAUCGGUCUCUUUAUAG